UGUUGUCAUAUUGAUGUUGUCAUAUCUUGUUCCUCCCAACCUCGCCCGGGUUUGGGGCUCACAGCCGCAAGCAGCGAAAUAAGGGGGCGCCCGUUCGUUCCAGGGCAACUCUUGGAGCUGGCUUGCGAGGGCGGGGAUUGGAUUGGUUCUUGGACUCACCGAUCGGGCAUUUAAACCAAGUUGACUUUGACUUGCGGGCUCUGUACGGAGUACGGAGUAGUUGCAGACUAGUUAAUAAUGCCUGGCUAACUAAGUUAACUAAAUAACUAACUUAUAGUUAACUCCUAACUAACUAGCUGCUCGCUCGUCCGCCUCGUUCGUUCGUUCGCUGGAUUCGAUAUUCGACUGGGGGACGUGCGUUGGGGCUAAUCGCUAGACGCGCCGUUUUUGCCUACUUCUACUGCAACAUCUGGCUGUUGUGCUGUGUCACUCUCAUCAUUAUUAUUAUUAUUAUAUUGUAUCAGGGCAAAUCGUGACUCCGAACAGGUCCAGGGGCCAGUUCUGCUGCCCUGGUUUCUUCUAACUACUUGGCCAACCUCUAUUUCGAUGCUCUGUAGGCGGAGGGUUAAACGCCGAUGCCUUUUUCAUACGUCCCCCUUUCCAUCGGAUCCAGAUGUGUGACGAACAGCUAUCUCGUCCCGUUUUCCCUCCUCCAACUCGGUCCCACAUACCAUACCAUACCUGCCCACCGUCUCGCAGUAGAGUAGUUAGCUCAGUGGGCACUUGGGCAGUGGGCAGGAUGCUAGACCAAAUGUUUAUUGGCAUUCGCUGCAAAUUUGGUCGCAGCUUUAACUGCCUAGGUACAUGUACAUACAUACAUGUACAGUACAUACAUGGCGACUGCUUUUGCAUUCUCGAUGGGCUUUGGCUUUUUCUUUUUCUUUUUUUUUCUUUUUUUUAUUUCUUGGGCUCCUCCAUAACACCCCCCCCCCCGGCCCCCCCCCCUCUGACUGUCAGCAGCUGUCGCUGUGCCGCAGAUGGAAUAUCUCUCCUGGGCCCCCUUCAAACUACGAAUUCGAACUCUACGAUCAUAUUCGGGGAGUGUUAUCAUAUUCGGAGUAUUAGUUCUCAGCGCCGUUGCCGUGGUUUAGCUUUCCAUUGGUUGCGCAUUUCUGCCCCUCCGGCUCUGCCACUGAGUAUGGCGGGACCCCGGAGGCACCAGCCUGGCUUCCUGAUUGAUAUAUCUCCCCUGGCUGGCCUUUAGCGGCCGUUGCUUCGAUUCUUUUUUGAUCUACACGCCGCCUAGGGUAGAACCGCGCUGUCCACUGAUACGCGACCACUUGACUAUUCAUCUACACACCUUAUCCGCUUCCUUGUUGAGUUGAGUGUCGGAUACGACAGCUAUUUGUCUUCUCGUUAAGUUGUACGCCCCUUUGAUCAACUCUCUUUUUUACGGCAAAGCAAAUUCCAGAGGUGGAUUUUUGUCUUGUGGGUGGAAUCAGAAAAAGUACAAAAGGAGCGCCAGAGCAGCAUUGAGAUGCAGUUAUUCUUUUGUUUCCCAAGCUCUCUUUCAUUAGCAUUUCAGUCAUUCUUUAAAGCCUCCAUAAUCUUUUCGAUCUCCAGCCACUGCGCAUUUAUACCCUUUAAUAGCGACUUCUCGCUCCAUAAACCCGUGUUCUCAUGUCCGCCCCAACGAAGCAACUCGGGAAGCUAUCUAUCGGCGGAAGGAUGUCAUCCGCUCGUGGACAACCAGAGAGACUUGGCCGAGCAGAUGACGAGGAAGAGCAUUCUGCUGAUACUUCCUCUGAGGAAGAGGUUUCCGAAGGCGAAGGGGAGGGUACUGCGUCCGGGUCAGCAAAAUCCCUAGUCAAAGGAAAUUCAGCUAUCCUGUACAACGUUGCCGGGCUUUCAGGAGAUGUAAGAGCUAGGGCAAUGUCUGGCAUUUUGGGAAAAUUUGUCGUCGAGAAAUGUCAUGCGUCAGAAGACGGAUAUGCCUUCCAAGUCCUUGACCAUGGGUUGGUUCACCUGGGGCAUGGCCCAAUGACAUGCUCCUGCUCGGAGUAUGGGGAUGGUACCAAAGCGUGUCGACAUAUAUUUUGGCUCGUCGACCAACUGCAUAGGUUGACACUCCCAGAAUGGCCAGGAACAGGAAUCCCCCUCUCUCGCACUGGUGAAUCCCCGAAUAUCCGUCCGCUGUACCAGUUAAUCGGCGAUCGUAUGGAAGAUAUCUCAAGGAAAGCCCGCUGGCACUUUAGCGAUGAUCCUGGUUCCCCUGGCGUUUCCGAGCAAGAAUACGGCGGAUCCAUGAGUCGCCCGGAAAAAGUUAGAGACAUACUCUCCGCUUUCAGUGAAUCCACGAUGCCUGAUGAUUUCCGGCCUGAUCAGGUAGAGACAAUUAACCAGUCGAGGACCCCCGCACAGUGUGUUGUCCAGGGUGACUUUGAAGCAACGAUGUUCCGCCUGGCUGUGCACGAUGAUAAUGUCUACCACAGCCUCCGUAAAGCAAUGCCCCCUCCUGCCCGAGCUGCUAUAUUCUUCGAUAAAGUCCAGAAAAAGACUCGGGCCCUGCUUCUUGAUUUCGACCGAUAUCGCCAGUAUGGGACCCCUUUGCGUGACAGGACUACCUUGGAAAUUCCUGUUGUUAUCGAGCAGCUGUACGAGCUUGUCGCCUUGCUUGAAAGUAACAUCGCUCCCCGCGCGCCUGACAGCCACACGAAUGCGGCAGACGCCCUGAUUGGGAUACUCCGGGAUGUCGUCACGUACGACUACAAUGCAUUCGAUGGAAAUGCCUGGGGCCGUGUUCCAGCCGCAGGAGAAACGGAAGACGAUUGCAACUUAUUUGCCCAAGUAAUCGGCCAGCCAGAAGUGUCGGGUCAAUUUUUCAUCCUCGAUGUUCUGGAAAGCCUCCCACGAGCGAUUCUUAGGGAACGGGAACCCCAGCUGGAGACCAUAAUGAGCAAGAUCCCAAUGUCCAACCAGUCGAUGGUGACAUAUUUGCAGCGGUUCCAGGCUUUUCUGAAUAGGGAAUUUCCAGGCUCGGGAUUCGCGGCGGCUACAUAUGGGCAGAAAAGACCUGCGGGAGAAGCGUCUGGCAGUGGCCGAAAGCGACCCAAAUAAAGCCCCAUCAGUCAGGUUCUAGUUCCGCCCAUCACGCGCUCACAAUGUUAUCGAUAUUCCUUCUCGGGGAAUCGACGAAAUGAUAGGACAAUCAUUAGCAAAACACUACACGCAGAACUCCGCCAUGCGCUUGAUAGAGUGAGGGUGAGGAGAUGACUGGACAAAAAGAAUUUUUGCUUAUUUUUUCUUUCAUUCUCUUUUCCUUUUUCUUGCUUUUUCAUAUUUCCCUUUAUUAUUUUAGGUUAAUGUACAGAGCCAGUGGAGCGGGCUUCGCUUGGCUCUGAAAUGUAUUUUCAUUCUUCAUUGUCUUCAUUUAUUACCCCCCCGCAUUACCCCACCACCCCCAUCUCCCCUCAUAAUAUUCCUAAUAUUGAAUAAAGAAUGGUCUAAUGUCGCGAUAAACUGCUUUCCAAGUUUUGAUUGUCCGGUUACUUUCUAUUUACAGAGGCUAUUUCCUCGGUAUCCCCUAGCUAAUAAUUAAUCCAUAAAGAAUUCCUCCUAAUUUUGGUCCGUCUUGUACAGUACAUUUGGUGAAGCUCUCCUACCUACCUUAAUACGGAAUCUAUAUUAAGCA